CCGACGAAGAAGAAGCUCACUAUCUGACAGAAAAUGGCUGACUUGCAGUGUGGUGAUAGUUUCCUUCUGCUCGAAGCACAGUUUUAAGGCGCCCCACGUUAGACCAUGCGCUGUUGCAUUUAACUGAAUAUUAAAAAAAAAAAACACAAAAAUGUUUAAAAAGGCAAAGCGAGCUAACUUUCGACGCCGGAAUGAGUCCGACGAGGAGGAGCAGGAGGAGGGUCGGCAGCCCGCAGUGGCGCCGACGUCGUUUGGGCCUGUGGUGGAGGAAAUCCCGUUCAUGGAGACUUCAUCUCACAGCGUUGCCGUAGCAGCCAGCGGCGCGGAUAACUACCAUAGCAACGGGUUCCAGGCCAGCGUGUACAAUGUGAGAGCUGUCAAGAAAGAGAAGAAAGGCAAAGACGCGGCUGUCGUUGCGGCUACGGUGGCCGGACCAACCAAAGCCAGUCUGCUGAGUUUCGACGAUGAUGAAGAUGAAUCCGAGGUGUUCCGGGUGAAAAAAUCAAACUACAGCAAGAAGAUUGUCAAACAGCUGAAGAAAGAAUACAAGGAGGACUUGGAGAAGUCUGGAAGCAAACAUGAAUUCAAAUCUGGUGAUGCACCAGCUCAGCCUUUGGUUUCCAUCAAGGAGGAAGUUACCAGCAGAGCGGGUAGUGAACAGGGGGAGGAAGAAAUGGAGGUGGACAGUGUGGAUGAGCAGGAGGAAGAGGCGAAGAGUCAAGGUGGCCCGGCGCAAGGUCAGGUCUCCAAGAGCAUCCACCCGGGAGCAUCGUUCAACACGCUUUCCUCCCUCGGCAGCCUCAGACCAGGGGAGAUCCCCGAUGCGGCAUUCAUCCAUGCUGCCAGAAAGCGCAGGCAACUAGCUAGAGAGCUGGGGGGUGAAGCCCCGCUCGUAGAGACGGAGACUCCCAAGAAACGCAUGGUACGGGAAGAAGACCAAGAUGCCAGUGACGAUGAAGACGAGGAAGAGAAGAGGAUCCGCUUCAGCGGAGUCAAGAACAAAACCCAGAGACAAAAGAUCGCUGAGGAAAUAGGUAUUGAGGGUAGUGAUGACGAGGCACUGGAUACAGGUCAAGAUGAGGAGGUGAGCCGUUGGGAGCAGGAGCAGAUUAGGAAAGGAAUCAGCAUACCCCAGGUCCAAAGCAGCCAGCUAGAGGACAACACAGUCUACUACCAGAACAGCUACGAGAGCCAACCCUAUGGCUCUGGUUACAGCAUGCAAUUCACCUACAGCACUGUGGCCCCGCAGACUGCCAAGCCAACCGGCCGAGCAGACAAUGGCUCUGUUCACUAUGUGACGCCUAUUAGCGAUCUCACGCCGGUAUCCAUUGAUCUGGUAAAGAAACGCCUGCAGGAUAGGCUCAACCAAAUGCGCGCAGGCCACGACGCAAACGCCAGGCGCUACAAACAGAUCGAAGAAGACCUAGCUGCCUCCGAGAGCGCCAUCCAGCAGCUGGAGGGCUCGUCCAAUGACAAUGCAGAUCAAUAUAAAUUCUUGCAAGAGAUGCGAGGGUAUGUUGGAGACUUGCUUGAGUGUUUCAGUGAAAAGGUGCCUGCUGUCCUGGAGCUGGAGGCUGCCAUGCACCAGUUACUAAGGCAACGGGCCUCACGACUUGUCCAGAGAAGACAGGAUGAUAUUAAAGAUGAAUCGUCGGAGUUUGCAAGCCUUUCAAGUAAAGCUGUCAUGGCUCCCAAUCUGGACUCAUUCGGCCGUGACCGCGCAGCAUACCAAGAGAACAGUCGUCAGAGGAGGAUAGCAGAAAGAGAAGCACGACGAACUCGCCGGCGACAAGCUAGAGAGCAGAAUGGAAAGAGGGCCGAGCAUAAAGAAGGCUUAUCGUCUGAUGAUGAGGAGACCUCAACUGACAUCACCAGCUUCAACAUGGAGAGAGAUCGUAUCAUCAGGGAAUGUAAGAAAGUGUUUGAGGACGUGGUGGAGGACUUUCACUCUCUGGACUGCAUCAAAUCCCAUUUCGAGGUGUGGAGGAGAGAAUACGCCGACUGCUACAGAGACGCUUACAUAGGCCUCUGUCUGCCCAAGCUCUUUAACCCUUUAGUCCGUCUGCAGCUGAUUACAUGGAACCCUCUUGAGGCUCAGUGUGCAAAUUUCGAGUACAUGCUCUGGUUUGAGUCGCUGUUGUUCUACGGCUUCGAGGAGCACAGCGUGUUGCAGAGAGGAGAUGGGGAUAUCAGCUUGCUGCCUGCUAUUGUGGAGAAGGUCAUCCUCUCCAAACUGACAGUGUUGGCAGAGCAAGUGUGGGACCCGCUGUCAAACAGUCAGACAGCCGGGCUGGUGGGCUUCAUUCACAGACUAAUGAAAGGUUACCCCACUGUGCUGCACGGGGACAACAGAUACACACAGGAGCUUUUGAAAACGAUUGUCUUCAGGACCAGGCGGACUCUGGAUGAAGAUGUUUUUCUUCCACUUUACCCCAAAAACGUGUUGGAGAACAAGAACAGCGGCCCCUACUUAUUCUACCAGCGGCAGUUCUGGUCCUGUGUUAAGCUGCUGGACAACAUCCUGCAGUGGGAAGGAAUCUUAUCCAGUUCCUGUCUGAAGGAUCUGGCACUGGACAGCACUCUGAAUAGAUACAUCCUCUCUGCACUGCAGACCACAGACACUGGAGCGGACAAUGUCCCAAAGUGUCAGAAGGUGGUGGAGUGUCUGCCGGUGCAGUGGUUCUCUGGACUGAAGGGCCAGCACACGUUGCCUCAGUUGGAGCCGUUCUGUCGCUACCUCACCCACCUGGCCAACUCACUGUACCGCAGCAGCUUGAGCGGGUCCGAUGUAGAUCGACGCACUGCCAAGGACCAAGUCAAAGAGGUCGUGAAGAUGUUGGGCCACAUGAAUGCCCUGAACCACAUCAUCGCAGUGGCAGCAGAGCACGGCAUUAAAGACAUCAAGCCUCUUUUGGAAGCCAAGUCGUAGAGGAGGACAUGGCAGCAGCGACUUCUCAUGCAUCUUUUGUCGUGUUCAGCACAUUGAGGCCAUGAGAUCACUGAAGUUGGAUUCCUGGAGAGAAAAAAAAAAACUGUGCGUUAAUGGAUUUGAAACUAAACUUGACAGUUGCUACCUUGAGAAGAGAAGGUAAAAAAAAAAAACCUCGGUGUAAAUAUUGUGAAUAAUGUAUAGAAAGGCGUGCUCAUUAGCUCAACACAAGACUGAUGCUGAAAUGAGGCCUUGUAUCGUCGGCUCAAAAAACACCAUUCAGUUGUACCUCAUGCUGGCAAUAUUUUAAAUGCAUAAUUUAUUCAGAGUAAACAAUUGUUGAUUUGGAUAACUGACAUGUUUGGGAAAUUUCUGUUCUCUAAAAUGACACCAUAGUUAUCCUGACUAUCUGUAAGUAAAAAAACAAAAACCUGCUUGUCCAACUUUUAUUUCUCUCACAUACUCUACUUUUAUUUGCCAAAAGAACUUUCUAGUUGGCCAUAAAGUAGAAAUGCACCCUGUCAAAGACUGAAAACCACCUGGUCCACCAGCACUCUGUUAGACAGUCUAUGGUUCUUGUUCUUUGACCACCACUACGGACCUCCCUGAUGAUCCUACCACAGCUGAGAGCUUUGUAUUCAAUUUUGUAAAACAAUUUUGUGCUAGUAUUUUAUUUGCCUGUGAAUAAAAUAUUAAUUUGAA